UUAUGAUUUCGAUAGCGCUUCUGUCGAAAUAAUUCCUCGUGACUACAAUUGACGCCCAAAAAUCUGCGUCAAGCGUUAGCAUAAAAUUGCACCUUAUCACUCAACGUUUUUUGGUGUCGGUGUUUUUUCAUACCACAUGUACUCCGGAUUCAACAUAACCCCUACCGCUGAUCAAACGUCGCCGUAUAGGACUUUCAGUCAACUCAGGCGAUAUAUUCAGUGGUUUUCAUACUCAUUGCUUAUUUCUUGUAGCAAACAGCUCAUUAUUCCAACUCUAAUUUGGUUUACUACUGCAAUAUUUAUCAUAGUGAAGUAUCUGACCUCAAUUACACAAUUAGAUACCAAAAACUUUGAUCAAGUAAGAAGAAGCAACGAUAUGGAGGAUAGAGUUUCUAAAGUUGAUGUCGGAUUCAUUGAACCGUGUGAAAGUUGGAAAUUGUCCAGUAGAUUUUUCCCAAGCAAAGUUGGAGGUAAACCAGCAUGGCUUAAUCUUGAAGAUAUUUUACAUAAAGAGGAUGCAGAAUGUCAAUUCUGCAGAGAACCGUGCAUAUUCUUAUGCCAAGUGUAUGCUCCGUACGAAGAAGAUACCAAGGCAUUCCAUCGUACAAUAUUUAUUUUCAUAUGUAAAAACUCUGAAUGCUGUAAGGCUAACGAAAAUGGCAAUUUGAAAGUAUUUCGGUCACAGCUAGAGAAAAAUAACAAGUUUUAUCCAUCAGAUCCACCAGUCGAAUCUGAGAAUUGGAGACCAGAUAUAAAUGCAGAGGCUUGGACAAAAUCCUGCCACGUAUGUGGACUGUACGCACCUAGUCACUGUUCAAAAUGUAAAAGAGUAUACUACUGUUCUCGCCAACAUCAAGUAUAUGACUGGAAACAUGGUCAUAAAAUGUCAUGUGUUUUGUCAUCAAAUAUGGAAGAAAAUUCUUUCUUAUUACCUGAAUAUGAAAUAGUUAUUGAAGCAGAUGAGGAUUCGAAUCAAAUAUCUGAUAAUGAAAAGGAUGACAAUGAAGAACAAGAAAGGAAGUAUGAGAAAUUGUUGCAAAAUAAGGAGACUGGAACUCUUCAAGACGAAGAAAAUGUUGACGUUGACUUAUUGAAAAUGUCUGCUGCUAAUGAUGAUGAAACUUUCUUCAAAUUCACGACUAAAGUUGAAAAAUAUCCAGAUCAAAUUCUGAGAUAUGAAAGAGGUGGGAACCCUUUGUAUAUAUCAUCACAAAAUCAAGCAAAGAAAUUUCCCAACUGUGAGGAAUGUGGUGGUGAAAGGCAAUUUGAAUUCCAGAUUAUGCCACAAUUACUAAAUUACUUAAAAUUUGAGGAUACCUUGAAAAGUUUGGACUGGGGAAUAUUAGCAGUCUUCACUUGUAAAAAUUCAUGCCUACCAAAAAAUGGGUAUGUCUUGGAAUACGUGUGGAAACAAGAUAUUCAAGAUGUGGAAAAUAAAGAUUCUCCGUGAUAAUCGGUAACUGUAUAUUGAACAUUUUUGAUGUCGCUCUUCUUCCUCGUAUUAUGAUAUAAAAAUAUUUUAGAAAAUUACAAUUUUGAGAUAUUUGACUGCGAGAAAACCAUCAUACUUAUUUCUUAGUCUCUACAUAAUGCUACACUUAGCUGAAACCUUGUGUGCGCUUAUGGUAUAUAAUUCUACUUUCAUUAUUCAAAAACAGUAGCUCAGGCUUGAUAACAAUAGCCUUGAGCAUUAACAAACUUCGCUUUUAACAUAAUUGUCACAGUAGCUUUGUAUAAAACUGACGUUUAAACUACGGAUACUAAAAGAAUCACUUCAGACUUUAGAAACAGAAUGGAAGCUUUUCUGAUCCGAACAUAAAGUUUGACGUUACAAGCUAUGAAAGCUCUAACAAUGUUGAUUAACAUUUUUAAGAAAAGAUAAUACAUAAUCUGAAUUGUAAGAUUCACCAAUGAUGUACUACACAUUACAUAGUGCAUAGAACUGAUUAAAAACAUGAUUUCACUCUAGCGAAAAAAAACAAACUGGGAAAAAUCUUUUUUGAUUCUUGUCUCAGGUUUGUAACUUAAAAAUAUUAUUAAUUGUUUAAACCCUAUUUUGGGCAACACUUUGUCAAUGAUUCAAUCGAAAGCAAUACGAUCAUUUAAUAAAAGACCCUUGUAACAGA